AUGCCGCGCAAGGGGCCACCGCCGGCGCAUCGCAGAGGGAAGGCGGAGCGGCGAGAGUGGCUCUCCAGCAAGCGCCAGGGUCACGAGGCUCACGGCGGCGGCGGCGGCGGCGGCCCAGCGGAGCGCUGCGCCGGCCCGGGCGGAGGCGGCGGCCCACGCGGCCCGGCGCCUGGGGCCUGUGAGGAGGAGCGCCGCGCCGAGCCCACCGAGGACGCCGCCGCCAGCAGGGUCCCGGCCGCGGACGAUCUGCGCGCCUUCUACGAGGCGCAGGGCCUCUUCGGCGCCGACGGUGCAGCUGCUCGGGCGGAGUACGGGGCGAUGUGGGCCUCGCUGCAGUCGCCGCUGCCCGUCACCGUGUGGGUGGCCCAGGGGCGCCCGCACACGGCGCGCACGGAGGCGCAGCUGGGGGCGCUGGGCUGGAGGCGGCGGCGGGAGUUCGACGCGGCCGCCAUGUCCGUGUGGGAGAUCGACAACGCCGCCUAUUCGCGCGGCGGGGUGGUGCGGGCCUGGGCGGAGCGCGAAAACCGCCGGGGCGCGCUGAACUUCCAGGAGCUGGUGUCGAUGGUGCCCGCGCUGCUGCUGGCGCCGGAGAGGUCGCACGCCUGCCUGGACCUGUGCGCGGCGCCCGGCAACAAGUCCCUGCAGCUGCUCGAGGCCCUGCGGGCGCGGGGCGCCGGCGGCCCGUGGCCGUCGGAGGAGGACGGCGCCGUGGUCUCGGGCGAGGUGGACCUCGAGCGAGGCGCGGCCGUGCUGCCCCGAUGCCUCUCGAGGACGUCUGGCUCUCCGCCGCCCUCACGCCGCAGCAGCUGCGCCUGCUCGUGGCGCCCCACGAGGCGGGCGGGCUCGCGGAGGCGCUGGCCGAGGCCGCGGCCGCCGCCCCGCGCCCGCGCCGCGGGGGCUGCUGCUGGGCGGGUGCGGCCCGGCUGCUGCUGGGAGGGCGC